AUGGACCUGAUUGCCAUUGAUAACGAAUAUUUUAUCGUCAGGUUCGGGGCAGUGGAGGACCUGGAAUACGCGAUGUUUGAAGGACCAUGGAUGAUCAUUGAUCACUACCUAAUAGUGAAGCCAUGGGUGCCGGAUUUUGAUCCUUUUUCCGAUGUCACGGAAAAAGUCCUGGUAUGGAUUCGAAUCCCUUGUUUACCUGCUGAGUAUUACAGUUUGAUUUUUCUCAAGAAGCUAGGCAAUAAGGUGGAACGUACGGUUUGGGUAGAUCAAGCGAGGAGUAUGGUUUCCCGAGGGAUGUUUGCUAGGGUCUGCGUCGAAGUUGAUAUAACGAAGCCUUUGAUCUCGAAGUUCACAUACAAGGGUCGCGUGAGAUCGGUAGCAUAUGAGGGUAUUCAUAUGGUUUGUUUCACAUGUGGAGUUUAUGGCCACAACCCUGAGGCAUGCCCGAAAACGACUAGACCGGAAGCUGAAGAGAGUGAUGAUCAGCGUGCGGAGGGCGUUAGCCAUGCUGUAGGAGAGAAGCGUGGGGUUACUAUUGGCGCAGAGCCUUUCGGAGCUUGGAUGAUCGCCCCUGGGAGGAGGGCGCGAGCGGGUCCCAAGCAACCAGUGAGACCUCCGCGGGCUACGGAGGAGAGACGACGUGGUGCGGUUGCCGAGCGAGAUGGUGGAAUGCAGAAUUCGAGGUUUGGGCUGCUUGCCGUGGAGGAGACGGAAAUCGGGGACCCAGAAGUGGCGGAUGUGGCAGCACAUGUCGACGAGGCAGAUCCGAAGAGGCCACCACCGGUUGUGACGGAGGAAACGCAGGGCGUUCGAACUGGAUUGGUUGCGGGUACUGGUGCGAGAAGACCGAUUGUGGUCGUAGUGGAAAGACAGAUUCUGAAUGAACCUGCGGGGAUGAGUCGUGCACAGGCAACCAGAAGGGACGCAAUCACACGAGCCCGGGGAGGUGGCCAAGUUGGAACUAGGCGGGCGGCGGAAGAAGAUGAACAUAUCGUUGUUCGAGGGGAGCAAGGUGGACUGGUGAUUCACUCGUCAAGAGUUUUUGCGGUAGACGAGAUUGGCGAUCUCCCGUCACCAGUUUGGCAGCCCACGAACGAGCACCACGCCGACCCUCCAGAACGAGUGGAUGAAGAGGGCGAUGUUGUGAUGGCCCUUGGUACAACCCAGGAUGGUUUUGAUGGGAAUGAGGAGGCCAACAUUGGGGCGAGUGGAAAGUCAUUCCACCGUGCCCUUAAACUUUUAUUGCAGGUCUACAAACCCAGCAUCCUUGGUUUGUUCGAGCCAAAAGUUUCAGGAGUGCAGGCUAACAAAAUUUGUUCUAUGUUCGGCUUCUCGGAUUGGGUUCGAGUGGAAGCUGUGGGUUUUAGUGGGGGCAUCUGGGUUCUCUGGAAGGACCCGGAUGAAGGUCUUAUUGACCUGGGCUUUACGGGGCCCAAGAUGACUUGGGUAAAAGAUGGGUCGACGGAUUUUAUAAAAGGAGCCCGGCUAGACCGAGCCUUGUGCAACUUCGAGUGGCACGUCAGAUUCCCGGAUGCUUCGGUGGAGCAUCUGCCAAGGGUUGCAUCGGAUCAUGCCCCUUUGUUGAUACGCUUACUCGGGGGCCGAAAGGACAACCAUUCUAACCAUUUUCGUUUUCAAUUUCAGGCUGCUUGGCUCACAAAUCAGGACGUGUCAACAUUAGUGCAGCGGACCUGGGACACCGGAGUUGGCUUGACCGUAAACGUUCAGAAGGUGGCUCAUGAUCUUAAUAUUUGGAAUAGGGAGGUGUUUGGAAAUAUUUUUAAACGAAAGAAAGACCUUUUGGCCAGAAUUAGAGGUAUUCAGAAGGUUCAAGCUAGCAAGUCCCAUAAUGGUUUGGGAAAAUUGGAAAAGAAAUUAAGAAGUGAGCUGGAAAAUACCCUUUAUCAAGAAGAGUUUUUGUGGUUCCAAAGGUCGAGAGAGGAUUGGAUAACAUCAGGGGACAGAAAUACCGCCUACUACCACGCAGCUGCUACAAUACGCAAAUCCCGCACAAAGGUGUCCGGGCUCAGGGAUGAGGAUGGAAAUUGGAUUCCGGAGGGGCCCGGUCUACGGGAACACGUUAGAAAGUUUUUCAUUAAUCUUUUCACCGGGCCCACGACGACUCAUGACUGGCCAAGUAAUGAGCUAGGCUUCCCAAGAGGCCAAGACUUAGGCACACGGUUUGGAGGGUCUUUAAUAGACCAGUCACUAAGGAGGAAGUGCAACAAGCGGUCUUCGACAUGA